UCCUCUGCAGCGGUGGGAGUACAGGGGUUGAAGUUCGUAGCUGGAGUCUGUGUUGUGAGUCUCACGAAUACAGAGCGAAACAUGAGCGAGAACUCCGAUUUUGUUGAUUUUUUUCCGGAUUCCAAGGCUGAGUACAUACUCAGCAAUGUUGCGGAAGUGGUUGAGAGGAUUCUUACGUUUAUACCAACCAAAUCGCUUCUCCAGCUCGCGAGUGUGUGCAGACUUUGGAGAAACUGUGCCCGCAGAGUGCUUAGGACUCAGCAGCAGCUAACUUGGGUGUCGGCCUCUGGACACCCCAGCACGGAGUCCCAUGCUCUCAACAGCAUCUUGGCUGAAGAAGUGGAGAAAGUAUACCUGCUGCCUAAAACAGUUCUGGUAAUGGCAGACUGCGAGAUCCUCAAUGGAGGAGCCUUUUGCUACAAACCGAACAAAGCAAAAAAGAGUCGCAACAGUCUAGACGCAGAACUGAACGAGCUCUUCCCCAGAGGCUGUGAUGUCAUGGGCGUUGCUACACCAGGAAUAGUCUUGACGCCCAGCGGCUCUUGCGGCAACCCCCCCCAGGAGUACCAACAUGGAGGAGCUGGCUUUGCAAUCAUGCUUCCAGCUAUUGAGGGUGUCCACAUCCAGCCUUUUCACUUUUGUAAGAGAACCAUCUCUCCGACAGCCCUUAAAGAAGCAGGACUAAUUGACAACCCAGAGCUACGUGUGAUACUGAUUUUCUUCUAUGAGGCAUAUAAACCAGGAGGCGCACGCUUCCUUAACCAGAUACUAGAGCCGCUUUCGAAGACCAAAGCUCUGAUUGCUGGAGGCCUGGUAGAGCAUGCCUUCGCUCCUUCCAGAUACUGCUGUAGCCAAGGUUCAUAUGGUGUGAUAGGCCUGGCCCUGAGUGGGCCUAAAGUUCAGGGGGCGUCUGUGCUGUUGGAGGAAGACGUCAUCAGCGCAAAAGCGGCUGAAGCCACAAUCAGACGACUAAAGGCAGCCAAAAUUCCAGAGAAAAACACCCUGGGAUUUAUGUUUGCCUGCGUGGGGCGAGGCCAGAACUACUACAACAACCAGAGCAAUGUAGAGGCAGAUGCUUUCCACAAGGUGUUCCCCAACACCCCGCUCUUUGGGCUGUUUGGAAACGGUGAGAUUGGCUGCGAUCGAAUCAUAAAAGAUGACUACACACUGUGUGACACUGACAUGGACAACCUGCAGCACGAGUACACUACUGUCAUGACCCUGGUCCAUCUAGGCUGAAUGUCCCGCAGCAACGGUCAACACACAGGAUGAAAGAUGACACGUCAUGCUUUUGUUUGUAACAGCAGUCGAGAGCAACAAACAUCGUGUACAGAGUAACGGUACAGCAUAGAAGAAUAUCGCUGUCACUAUUUCUGCUCAUAAAGAAGAACGGUAAUCUUUUUAACCAUCAGUGUAAUGGCAGCAUGUGGCAUUGUAUCCCUUGGAGACUGUGUGGAAACCCAGGCUUUAUAUUAAAACCAGUGCAUUCAUACAGUUCAGACAUAAUAAUACAAACUCGGAAGAAUGUUAUAUAGCACAUAUAUAAAAUGCAAGAAAAAGUGCCCCUAUUAUGCUCACUUAGGGACUGGAAUGUUUACUUUGUACCUGAAGGAAUUGGCUCACAUGUACUGUGAAGUGCUGCAGAACUGUUUCUUACCUCAUAUCUUUAAUGGUUUGUUAGGAGAAGCCCAGAUGGCCCUGAUUGGCACUAUGAAAGUGAGGGUGUGCUUAUUACACACAGAGCAACAUAAAGUAUUAGCCACAUUAUGAAGAGGAUCUGACAUUCUUUGUGAAUGAUCAUUUUAUAUGUAAAUAACUGAAAUCACAACACAUCUGUUUUCUGUAACUUGCUGUAUGUAAAUGCUUUUUUUUUUUUUUUUUUUUAAUUGCUGCUAUAGCAUCAGUAUUUUAGCAGCACAGUACGACUAGCUGAAAAUUACUUUGAAAAUUCCAAAGUGGUGGCUGCUUUACUUAAUGGGCUCUGUUUGCAUCACACUUUCAUAUUCACUUUUGUUAUAUGGCAGCACAACCAGAAAAAAUAUGGAAAGGAUUUAAUUUUAUUGGGAGUUGUAGUCAUCAUUGGAUCAUUUGGUGCACUUUGCUCAUGGUUAGCUUAGCUGGGUCAGCCAGUCAGGCUGGUACUGUGUCUCUGUGCUCUAUAGUGAUAGAUAAGUCACUGAAGAAAGCCUGGCCUGCAGAGAAGUUGUUUCAGGAAGUUCAGUAGGAGUGUUUUCUAUGGGAACGUGUAACUCCUGGUAACUUUGAAAACCAUUACAUACAUAAAAAGACAAACAAAAAAAACUUGGGGUAUAAUUGGGGCACUUUAAUAUUCAUGAUUCUGCAAAUGCACUUUUAAUUAAUGUGAUGACUCUGGGCCUUCCUCAAAACGUAAUCUCUUUAUCCAGCCAAGGUUUUACACAUCUGUCUUACCAAUGGAUAAUGUACACGCCACUGUAGCCUACAAGUUCAUACUGAUAGGAUUCACAAUUAUUGAAUUGGGUCCAGAAAAUACAGUUAGAUUUUUUCGUGCGUCUCUUUCUUUUUUCACAUCGGCUACUACCUACACCCAACUGUUGGGCUUGAAGUCACAUCAGCUAACUAAGCUCCUAGUGAAUGGGACCAAAUAGCUGCCCUGUUGGGUGUGUAAAUGACACCUACUUUUAGUAUUGGCUCUCCUGCACUUUCUGACUUUUAUAAAGCAGGUGUUGAUGGUUGGAAAUAAUUGAAGAAAUGUGAAAAGCUGUAAGAAUUUUACAGUACUUUAGGACGCUGUAAUGUUAUACACAUCUUGGCUUUUUCCUCAGAUGGCCCUGUCUUUUAAUACAUUCUCUUGUUGCUUUGAAAAAAAAAAAUACUGAGAUAAAGGUGCAAUUUCCAAGUUAUACUGUGUUUGUCAGGUAGUUGUAUGUUGAAAAAUGGCUUACGUUUUCUGUAAAAACUGCAAUGAUUGUAGCAAAAAGUAGAUGUUUUCAAGAAAUGUACAAUAUUUUUUACUUUUUGAAAGACAUUAUUUACAGCUUAGUUGAUGUGUUUCCUUUUUUUGUUCAUUUUUCCCCCAUCUUUGAUCGUUUUUGGAGAAGAAAUUAAACUGAAUCUAAAUGGCUUAAUGAA